AUGAACAAAUAUAAUUUUAGCAUAGCAUAUAUUUUAACAACAAUCUACAAAGCUUUAUUACUGAGAGACCGUUACAUGAAAGCAUAUUUACAACUUUAUGAUUUAAUUAACAGUUUGGUAAAUUAUAAAUACAAAUUUCAACCCAUUAUUGACAUCAAAGAUAUUAUUUCUGCAUUCGAAAAUAAUGAAAACACAGAAGAUUAUGAAUUUCCUGAACAUCUAAUACCAAAUUCAAUAUUCAAUGCAAUCAUGAAUGAUGAUAUUACCGCAUUGAUUCAUAUCAUUGAUCAGGAUGAUUCUGUGCUGAAGAACAGUAUUAAAAAGCGCUUAUUUAACAUUGACUUUGAACUCGAUCUAUUGGAUGCAUGUUCCUAUUAUGGUUCAGAAAAAUGCUAUUUGUAUUUACAAGAAAACAAUAAAUUUAAGCCCUCUAACGUUUCGAUUGCAUUUUCAUUUUUAGGUGGAAAUCCAAGGAUAAUAAAAGAAUCAUUGCCAUUAAUUAAUGAUUCAAAUCUUAAGCUAUGUUUUGAAUCCAUAAUCGCAUCACACAACAUCGAUUUCUUAAUGUACCUCGAUAAUAACUUUGAUUUAGCAAAUAUGAAACAUAUGAAUUAUAUUCAAAAUUAUAGCAAUCUUGAAGCACUUUUCCUAUUUACAAACAAUGGAAAGAUUGAUGAAUUUGAUAAUUCUCUACUCCAAUUUAAUGUUGAUGAUUUAAUCCUAUAUUUCAUUAAGAAAUUUGGCGAAAGUACAAUCUAUCAAUUUAAUAUUCUCGAAGCAAUAAAGCAUAGAAUGCUAAAAACAGUUAAAUAUGCUAUUGAUUGUGGAAUUAAUUGUAAAGAAUGGAAUGAUUAUCAUAAGAGUAUUCUUCAUUUUGCUGCAGAAUAUGAUAUGAAAGAAAUAGUUCAACUUUUAAUUUCAAAGGGAGAUAUAAAUCUAUCUAGAAAUGUAGCAGACAUAUAUCUCCUUUCUGGAGAUGCUACCCUUUCGUCGGUCACCCUAUAA